AUGUCAACAUUGCGGUUUCCCCCCGGGUCCUUGCAAGACAUAGAGCAGGCUGGCAAGGAAGGCAAUACCAACGUUGAAUCAGUGGGAGCUACACACCAACUUGAAUCGGGCGUCUCGCUCUCUGUUUGGUGGGACGAGCCAGAAGAUCAAGAUCCCGAGAAUCCUAUGAACUGGCCUUCGACAAAGAAAUGGGCCAACAUUCUGACCAUCUCCGUCAUGAGUUUCCUGGUGCCACUCGUAUCAUCGGUAGUCGCCCCAGCGGUGGAGCUUAUAUUGGCAGAUUUCCAUUCUAGCUCAACGACAUUUCCGACCUUUGUCUUGUCAAUAUUCGUACUAGGUUUCGCUGUUGGACCGCUGAUUCUCCCGCCACUCAGUGAGCUGUAUGGUCGUGUCAUCGUCUACAACAUAACAGGUGUGCUGUUCGUUGGGUUCACGAUCUUGUGUGCCCUCUCACACAGUGAAGCGAUGCUCUUGAGCUUUCGGUUCCUAUCGGGGUUUGCAGGCGUGGCUACAAUAUCGAUAGGCCCUGCUAGCAUUGCAGAUAUCAUGCCUCGAGAGAAAAGAGGAAAGGCCGUGUCGCUCUGGGCUGUAGGCACCGUGGUUGGUCCAAUGGUUGGUCCUAUCAUCGGUGGUUAUGUGGCGGAGGUUCUUGGCUGGAGAUGGAUCUUUUGGAUUAUCUCAAUCAUAGCUGGACUUGUUACAAUCGUGGCUCUUGCCAUCUUAAGAGAGACGUACCCUCCAGUCCUGCUGGAAAGGAAGGCAAGACGACUCAGAAAAGAAACUGGAAAUCUCAAUUAUAGAUCUAGGCUCGCUUCUCACUUGGGCCUCCAAGCACUUCUCAUACAAAGCAUCAUGCGGCCCUCCAAAAUGCUCUUGCUGUGCCCAGUCGUCACGGCCAGCUGCGUCUACGUCUGUGUUCUGUACAGCAUCAUCUACAUAUUUUUCUCUACAUUCUCAAUUAUAUUCCAACAAGUCUACGACUUUUCUACUUUUGAUUCUGGGCUAGUCUUUAUUGCUUGCGGCAUUGGGACCUUGUCAGGUCUCGUAUAUCUUGCAUAUUUCAGCGACAAGACUUUAGAGAAACGGGCUCGCACCGCAAGGAUGAUUACGCCGGAGGACCGCCUUCCAUUCCUCAUCACAGUUCCUGGAUCCCUAAGUUUUUCACUUGGGAUAUUUUUGUAUGGGUGGGGGGUGGAAAAACACAUUCAUUGGGUUGUUCCUCAAGUUGGAACAGCCAUGACGGGGUUCGGCUACAUUCUAAUUUUCACAGCCGUCCAAACUUAUUUAAUCGACGCAUUCGAGAAUUACUCCGCCAGUGUCAAUGGCGCCAAUGCGGCGCUCAGAGGUCUCGCCGGGGCGCUUAUUCCUCUUAGUGGUCUGAACUUGUAUAAGACAUUGGGCUGGGGAUGGGGAAACUCCCUGCUGGCUUUGAUCGCAUUUGCUCUCGCACCACUCCUUUGGAUCUUGGCUGCGCACGGCGCAAAGAUUCGAAGAAUAAGGCUUUGCAGUUUAAAGUUUUAA